AUGUCACUCCUCGAGUUCUACUUUCAUCUACUCACUGUAAUUUUCGAGACCAUGGGGAAAUCCUAUCCAGCUGUGAGUGACGAAUACAUGAAAGCUGUUGAUGAAGCGAAGAGGAAGCUUCGAGACUUAUUCACUGAGCAGAACUGUGCUCCUCUGAUGCUUCGAAUGGCAUUUCAUUCUGCUGGAACUUUUGAUGUGAACUCCAAAACCGGAGGUCCAUUCGGAACCAUGAGGCAAAAAGCUGAACAAGCUCAUGGACCCAACGUUGGCCUUGACACUGCUGUCAAUCUACUGGAACCAGUCAAACAAGAGCUUCCAGUCAUCUCAUAUGCUGACUUUUAUAUGUUGGCUGGCAUUGUUGCUGUUGAGACCACCGGAGGACCAAAUAUCCCUUUCCACCCAGGCAGACAAGACAAAGAUGAGCCACCAGCAGACGGGCGUCUCCCUCUUCCCAAUCAGGGAAGCGAUCAAUUAAGAGCUAUAUUUAUCAACACCAUGGGUCUGAAUGAUCAGGACAUUGUUGCUCUUUCUGGUGGCCAUACUUUGGGAUCUUGCCAUAGGGAUCGAUCUGGGAUUGAAGGAUCAUGGACACGUAACCCGUUGACAUUCGAUAAUAGCUACUUCAAAGAACUUCUAGCUGGUGAGAAGGAAGGGCUUGUUCAGCUACCUACCGAUAAGGCCCUCCUUGAAGAUCCUGUUUUCCGUCCUCUCGUUGAAAAAUUUGCUUUGGAUCAAGAUGCAUUCUUUGGUGCUUAUGCAGAAUCGUUCAUGAAGCUAUCUGAGCUGGGAUUUGCUGAUGCUUAAGCUUUUAUCAUAAUAAAGGCAAAAAGAGUGGUG